GUAGCCCCGAGGAACGGCCGCGCGGGCUUGGAUGGUGCGGCGGGCGCGAGCCCUGGGCCAGUUUCUCAGCGGCACCUUGCGGCAGGCCUGGCGCCACUCCCAGCCUCAGUUUCCCCCGCUGCGGGAGCUAAGCCCAGCGUGCUGGGCUGCAGCAGCUGCACAAGCCGCGCGCAGUGAUGACGUGGCGGAUCAGGCCCUGGAGUCCCGGCGCCGCCGCCUGUCAGAACCGCGGCGUCCCUCUUCCGUAAACCGGAGCUACAGAUUCGGCUUUUCCUCUGUGGCGGGACAAGUGCUCCGGGCCCAGCCCUUAGUCCAGAUGACACUCAUGCCCAUGGCUUCCGUGAUGGCGGUGGCUGAACCCAAAUGGGUCUCGGCCUGGGGCCGCGUCCUGUGGCUCACACUGCUGAGCAUGGCUCUGGGGUCGCUGCUGGCCCUGAUGCUGCCCCUGGGAGCCGUGGAAGAGCAGUGUCUGGCCGUGCUCAGAGGUUUCCACCUGCUCAGGAGCAAACUGGACAGGGCACAUCACGUGGUCACCAAGUGCACCAGCCCAUCCACGGAGCUCAGCGUCACCUCUGGGGACGUGAGGCUGCUGACGGUCAAGACUAAGACAUCUCCAGCAGGGAAGCUGGAAGCCAAGGCCGCUCUGAGCCAAGCCCUGGAGAUGAAGCGUCAAGGCAAGAGGGAGAAAGCCCACAAGCUCUUCCUGCACGCCCUCAAGAUGGACCCUGGCUUCGUAGACGCGCUCAAUGAGUUCGGCAUUUUCUCCGAGGAGGAAAAGGACAUCAUCCAGGCGGAUUACCUCUACACCAGGGCACUGACCAUCUCGCCCUUCCACGAGAAAGCGCUGGUCAACCGGGAUCGGACGCUGCCGCUCGUGGAGGAGAUCGACCAGAGGUAUUUUAGCAUCAUCGACAGCAAAGUGAAGAAGGUCAUGUCCAUCCCGAAGGGGAGCUCGGCGCUGCGCAGGGUCAUGGAGGAGACCUACUACCACCACAUCUACCACACGGUGGCCAUCGAGGGCAACACCCUCACCCUCUCGGAGAUCAGGCACAUCCUGGAGACCCGCUAUGCCGUGCCAGGGAAGAGCCUGGAGGAGCAGAACGAGGUGAUCGGCAUGCACGCGGCCAUGAAGUACAUUAACACCACCCUGGUCUCCCGCAUCGGCUCUGUCACCAUCGACGACAUGCUCGAGAUCCACAGGAGGGUGCUGGGGUACGUGGAUCCGGUGGAGGCCGGAAGGUUUCGGAGGACCCAGGUCCUGGUGGGACACCACAUCCCACCGCACCCCCGGGACGUGGAGAAGCAGAUGCAGGAGUUCACGCAGUGGCUCAACUCGGAGGAUGCCAUGAACCUGCACCCGGUGGAGUUCGCAGCCUUGGCCCAUUACAAACUGGUGUACAUCCACCCUUUCAUCGACGGCAACGGGAGGACCUCCCGCCUGCUGAUGAACCUGAUCCUCAUGCAGGCGGGGUACCCCCCCAUCACCAUCCGCAAGGAGCAGAGGUCCGAGUACUACCACGUGUUGGAGGUCGCCAACGAGGGUGACGUGCGGCCCUUCAUCCGCUUCAUUGCCAAGUGUACGGAGGUCACGCUGGACACACUGCUCCUCGCCACCACCGAGUACUCUGUGGCGCUGCCGGAAGCCCAGCCCAACCAUUCUGGGUUCAAGGAGACACUCCCUGUGAGGCCUUAACCUUGUGGCCAAGGGAAGCCAGGAGACGGCCUCCUGAGAACACCUUUCUAGAAACAUAGCUCUCCCCAGUAGCAAAAGGAGACAUUCAUUCUUUACCUCCAGAUGUUUUUUAGGUGGGAAAGAAAACUAAAUUAUUAAGCCUUGUCUUUGGGGUAAUUUAUACUUCAGCCAAGUUAUUUAUUUAUUUUUUGAGUGAGCUACCAGUGCCGAGUGGUGCCGCGAUCCCAGCGCCCUGCAGAGGACCAUGCUCCUCUAUGCCCUGAGCCUGGCUUACAGACAGAAUUUGCACUAAGUGGGGGCAGAGGGGCCAGAUCUGUGGGGCGAAGCCCAGGGCCACAAGGGUCCCUUAAAUGCCUUUGAGGUCCUGUGACUUCAGAGGGAAGGCUGCAGUCCUGGGCAAAACCUGCCCUGCUCUGUGGCGGGCUUUCACUCCUGAGAGGCUGUGGUGGUGGUGGCCGCUUCCACUGACAGAGCAGCCCUCUGAAAACAGGAAGCAGACGCCGCCAUCUCCAGCGGGAGACUGCAGAUUUCCAAAGACCCUCUGAGCCAUUAACUUGCUAACCUGAGGGGCAGGGGCUGUUCUUUUCCUCUGCAGACUUUAUAGAGGGCGGCCAAGCUUGGCUUUUUCUUUCUCAGUACUUCACUUGCGCCAACUCAGACCAGAUGCUUUAGACAGUUCUCCAAGCUUGUCAGCCUGCUCCAUCAGGGCAUAAAGCAGGUCUGCUUCUGUUCCCAUUCAAGUCUCCUGCAUGAGGACCCUAGAGGACGUAUCUGAAGACCUGGAGGUGAGGCUCAGUGGUGUAAUGCUUACCCAGCAUGCACCACGCCCCAGGCACCAUCCCUAACAUCAAAAAAAGAAUGUAUCUAAGAUACAUACCUAUCCCAAAUAAGCAUUUCUGAUAAAAAGCAUUAAAAGCAGACACCUGUGACCACAGCCCAGACUGCUCCCUUCUGUCCUGUGUUUUUUAACCCCCUUCCCCUAUAAAGCCAUUAUAGGGUCCGACGUCCCCUUGGAUAGGUAGAGCCUCGGAGUGGCCUUGCUUUUCCAGUAACUUGUAACGUGAUAGUUUUGUGCCCGAUACAGAUGCAUUUCAAAGUUGUCAUCUUAGGAAAAAUAACCUUUUCCAAUCAGGUGGCUAAGUGCCAAUCUGCUGCUGCUAUUGAGUCGGAAUGGCUAGAGGUCACUGGGCUUGUUCUGAGGGACAGCCCACGAGUCGCACACAGUCCUGCACUUUUCUGUUUGGAUGAUGGUAAAUUCACACCAGGGGUCAAACCCCAGUUAGGUUCUGCCAACUGAUGUGUUGGUGUUUAUAAGAUACUCAUGGCAGUUUCUGCGGGGCCGUGAAGAGUGAAAAGGUGUGUGUGUGUGUGGUGCCACACACAGCUCUCCAGCCUGCGAUGUCACACUGCACACCACCGCACGGUAGUGCGGCCCCAAGCUCUUCUCCGAACACCUGUAUGAGAACCUGCACUUUAGAUACACGUGAAAGAUAUUUUAACAAAUUACUGGUUCUAAUAAAGUAUUUUAUUACAUAAACA